GCCCGAUCUGACCGCCCAAAGUUUGCUGCAAGCAGACGCGGCUUCUGCUAUCGGGAUCUGGACCACAAUUCUUUUCUGUGUCGCUCCCGAUCGCAUUCUCUCUUAACCGACGCAACCCCAGGGCGAGCAAACGCAGUGAACCCUGGUGUCCAGCCACUAUUACACAUUACAACCCCCGAUCGAAGCCAAGAUGUCCGCUCAGAACGAGUCCGCCGCGUGGCCCAAGGCCGAGGACCCCGCGCUGGUCCAGGAAUUGCUGGAUGCCGUCCAGCAGGCCAGCCACUAUCGCCAGCUCAAGAAGGGCGCUAACGAAGCGACCAAGUCAAUUAACCGCGGAACGAGCGAGCUUGUCAUCCUCGCUGCCGACACGCAGCCCUUGAGCAUCGUUCUGCACAUCCCGCUCAUCAGCGAAGAGAAGAACGUCCCCUACGUGUACGUCCCAAGCAAGGUCGCGCUGGGCCGUGCCUGCGGUGUCUCUCGGGCUGUGAUCGCCGUGUCGAUUACCUCCAACGAAGCCUCGAGCAUCCAGCCCAUGAUCAAGGCCCUCCGUGACAAGGUCGAGCGCCUCGCCAUGUAAGGUGUCGUUGCGCAGGACGGGCGCUUCUGGAGGAUGAGGGCAGGACAUCGCCUGGGCCGUAACACGCCCUAGCACGUCGAGGAUAGGAAAGCCACACAGAACAGGACCCGGAUAGCAUCGGAGUUGUUGUCUACUGUGAAGCGAGCAGCCUAAAAAAAUAUCUUGCUACACCGUUGCAUUUUCUUCGUGUCCAGACUCAGGGUUGGGGUUAGCUCACGAUACUGCAACGCCCCGGGCCCUCUUCGGCGCGGCCUAGCCACUGCCGUGGGGGUCCUGCAGAAUGACGCU